AUGGAAGCUCCCUGGACAAAGUCCCCCAAAGAGAUUCUCGACCACUAUGGUGUAGACCCAAUUCGCGGCCUCACGACUGCUCAGGCAGCCAAGCAUGCCGAAAUGUAUGGCAAGAACGAGCUGCCGGAAGAUCCACCAACGCCCUUAUGGGAGCUCAUCCUUGAGCAGUUCAAGGACCAGCUAGUGCUAAUUCUCUUAGCAUCAGCUGUCGUGUCGUUUGUACUGGCUCUGCUAGAGGAUUCUGGAGACUCCGCAUGGUGGAGUGCAUUCGUCGAGCCUCUCGUCAUUCUUCUCAUCCUCGUGGCAAACGCAGCUGUUGGUGUUAUCCAAGAGUCAAGUGCGGAAAAGGCUAUUGACGCUUUGAAAGAAUACUCUCCAGACGAAGCUAAAGUCAUCAGGUCGUCCCAAAUUUCUCGUAUACACGCGUCGGAGCUCGUUCCAGGAGAUAUUAUUUCCGUGUCUGUUGGUGACAAAAUACCUGCAGACUGUAGACUUCUUUCGGUGUCCUCAAGCAGCUUUAGAAUUGACCAAGCCAUUUUAACGGGUGAGAGUACAAGUGUACACAAAUCCAUUGAUGUUGUCCCCGACGAGAAAGCCGUCAAACAAGAUAUGACGAAUAUCCUCUUUUCUGGUACAAGUGUUGUAAACGGAAGUGCCAAGGCAAUUGUUGUGUUCACUGGCGAAAAGACUGCAAUUGGUGACAUUCACAAGUCCAUCACGUCCCAGAUCUCAGAGAAGACUCCUCUGAAAAGAAAGCUCGAUGAUUUCGGUGACAUGCUUGCAAAGGUCAUCUCCGUCAUUUGCAUUCUCGUUUGGCUAGUGAACAUCCGCCACUUCUGGGACCCCUCCCACCACGGUGCGCUCAAGGGAGCUAUUUAUUAUUUCAAGAUUGCUGUUGCCCUCGCGGUUGCUGCUAUUCCUGAAGGUCUGGCCGCAGUUAUCACCGCCUGUCUUGCUCUUGGUACCAAGAAGAUGGCCCAGAAGAAUGCAAUCGUUAGAAAUCUUCCCAGUGUUGAAACUUUGGGAUGCACAAAUGUUAUCUGCUCCGACAAGACAGGUACAUUAACUACAAAUCAAAUGAGCGUUUCCAACUUUCUUGUCGUUGAUGGCAACACCAGUGCUCCUCGCGAAUAUACCGUCGAAGGGACUACCUUCGCACCAUUUGGGUCGGUUUAUAAUGCUAGUGGCAAAGAUGCCUCUGCUGAACUCAAAUCAGACCCAAUUCAACGGCUGGCUGAAAUAAGCUCGCUAUGUAAUGACUCCAAGAUUGUCUAUCACCCUGAGAAAAACACUUAUAGCAACGUCGGUGAACCUACAGAGGCCGCUCUCAGAGUUCUCGCUGAAAAGAUUGGUUGCCGAGAUGCUGAAGUAUCAAAGUCCCUUAAAGAUCUAUCGCUUUCAGACCGCGCAAACGCCGUCAAUGAAUACUUUGAGCGCACCAGGCCGCGAUUAAUGACCUUUGAAUUCUCUCGUGACCGCAAGAUGAUGUCAGUUCUCGUCCGCCUGAACGGAACUGGUUCCCUCUUCGUCAAGGGUGCCCCGGAAUCUGUACUGGAGAGGUGCACUUCUGUUCUCGUUGACGGCAAAACUAUCCCUUUGACGGCUGGUCUCAAGGCAUCUCUCCUCGACCGUACUGUCGCAUAUGGAUCUAACGGCCUAAGGACGCUCGCCCUGGCAUACCGUGAUGUGGUAGACAUUGACUCAAGCCACUAUCUUUCCGAGAGCUCGAAAGACUAUGCCCGCUUCGAACAAAACCUGACAUUCGUCUCUCUCGUCGGUAUGCUUGACCCCCCUCGUCCUGAAGUACGAGAUGCGGUGGCCAACUGUCGUGCUGCUGGAAUCAGGGUUAUAUGCAUUACCGGAGACAAUAAGGGCACAGCUGAGACAAUCUGUAGGCAGAUUGGGAUCUUUGGUGAAGAUGAGGAUCUGACUGGAAAGAGUUACACUGGUAGGGAGUUGGAUGCUCUCAGCCACGCGGAGAAAGUCAAGGCGGUGCAAAGGGCGAGCUUGUUCUCGCGCACCGAGCCUGGUCACAAGAGCCAGUUGGUUGACAUUCUUCAGGGACUAGGAUUGGUUGUUGCUAUGACUGGAGAUGGGGUUAAUGACGCACCUGCUUUGAAGAAAGCAGACAUUGGUGUGGCGAUGGGUAGCGGCACAGAUGUCGCUAAACUUGCAGCUGACAUGGUUCUUGCGGACUCCAAUUUUGCCACAAUAGAAAAGGCUGUGGAGGAAGGCAGACUUAUCUAUAACAACACUAAGCAGUUUAUUCGUUAUCUUAUUUCAUCAAAUAUUGGAGAAGUCGUUAGUAUCUUCUUGACAGUUCUUUUGGGCAUGCCAGAGGCUUUAAUUCCUGUGCAAUUGCUUUGGGUCAACCUUGUGACAGACAGUCUGCCUGCCACCGCUUUAGGAUUCAAUCCUCCUGACCAUUCGAUCAUGCGACUCCCUCCAAGAGAUAGUCGCGAACCUCUUGUCGGCAAGUGGUUGUUCUUCCGUUACAUGGUCGUUGGAAUCUAUGUUGGUUGUGCUACUGUAUUCGGAUACGCCUGGUGGUUCCUUUUCUACACUGGUGGACCCCAGAUCUCUUUCUAUCAAUUGACCCACUUCCAUCAAUGCAGUACCCAAUUCCCGCAGAUUGGCUGUGACAUGUUCACUAACGAGAUGUCCCACACCGCCACGACUAUGAGUCUGUCUAUCCUGGUCACGAUUGAGAUGUUCAACGCCAUGAACUCGCUUUCCGAAAACGAGAGUUUACUUCGCUUACCGAUAUGGAAAAACAAGUAUCUCGUUGCCGCCAUCACCUUGAGCAUGGCGCUUCAUUUCAUGAUUCUCUACGUCCCAUUCUUCACCGCCUUGUUCGCCAUCACCCCCCUCAACUGGGACGAAUGGAAAGCAGUUCUAUUGAUUAGUUUCCCUGUUCUUGUCAUAGACGAACUGCUCAAGUUUAUCUCCACAACUAUCGUUGAGCCACCGACGAAGAUCAAGCUUGACUGA